AUCAAAUGGCUCCUCAGCAGAAGUCUGGUCUUGCCGUUGGUCUCAACAAGGGCCACAUCGUCACUCGUCGCGAGUUGAAGAUUACCCCUUCAUACACCAAGGGAGCUGCUUCCAAGCGCACCACCUUUGUUCGCAGCAUCGUCCGUGAGGUCGUUGGCUUUGCCCCUUAUGAACGUCGUGUCAUGGAAUUGAUCAAGAACUCCAAGGAUAAGCGUGCCAAGAAGCUUACCAAGAAGAGACUCGGUACUUUCCUCCGUGCCAAGAAGAAGAUUGAAGAGUUGUCUGCUGUCAUUGCCGAGUCCCGCCGCCAUUAAGUUGGAGAGGUGGACCUCUUUCUUUUGCUCCCUUGAUUUAAAAUAUAUACAAAUACAUAUAUUUACAGACAAGUAACUUGUUUGGGCUCGUUUUCUUUAUUGGAAAGAAAGAAAGAAAAAGGAGAUUCUUUGUUUCUUUCAUUUUAUUGUUUGUAAUGUGUUUGUGUGUGAAUAUAUAUAUGGAGUAUUAUAUAUUUGUGUGUAUACAUAUAUAAAAUUUAUGCAUAUGUUCAUAUAUUUAUAUAUAAGAGGACGUGCGUAUUGAAUUAAAACUACAAAAGAGAAGAGAAAGAAGAAGGUAGAGGUGGACUAUAAGAGUGGAAUAUUUAUAUAUACAACGGAAGAAGUAAAGAACCAAAAGGAGAAAACCCCACACGCAAAAUACCAUCAUUAGUAUUACUCUGAUUGUUGCUGCCAGCCUUGUCGUCUGUGGUGUGAACGCGAGGGACGGCCACAGCAUUGAAAGACUGACUUCCUUACAUUAAUCCACAUACUGUCGAACCAUCCACCCGGCAUGCAACAUGGACAACAUUUCCAACCAUAUCCCCACCAGCCAGGACUCAAUUCCAAACUCUUGACGGACAUUGCAGAAUUAGGGAAAUCAACCAAACCUUGCUCGGCAUAGUAAUGAUAUGAAUCAACACUGGUGUCAUCUUCCAUUCCUCUUUCUUCUUCUGCAGUAUUUGUUUUUGGCUCUGAAUUCUCGGUAUUUUUCGCCCCGAUACCAAUAUUUUGGUGGUAAAAGAGGAGGGCCGAGAACACCAAGAAUGAUGCAAGUGGGUCGAGAAGUAUAUUUUCAACAGGUGAGGCUGUUGUCAUUGUUGGCAUGGACAAACGUUGAGUGGGCAGGGACCGGAAUGGGUUAGUGACUGGGCCACAACUGCUCACAGGGCGCACAGGUGGGAUUGACCACAAGACGAAACGUGAAGCAUCGUCUGUGAGUUCAGCCAUCAAUGUUUGCCGCUCGACAUGAUAACAACGAAAGUCAUAUCGGACUGAAGAAUUAGACUGUGAAGAGAGUGGCACGACUCGCCAUUGGUAUGUGUGGCCAUGGGAUUCGAAUGUGAGGUUUGAAAUCGAAAGGUGGAUGGUGUUGUGAGCCGAGCCAAACACCAUUGUCCGCCAAUCUUGGGCUGUAAGUGACCACACAGGUUGCUGGUACUGAUCCUGGAGGAUAUACGAGGAGGUGUUUGGGGUGUGAAAGAAUACUGGGCGUGAGUCUCCGUGAACAAAGCAAACGCUACUGUUAUUUGAAGAAUGUUUUAUGUCUAAUAAAAGGAGUGCUGGGUGGUAAAGUGACAUGGGAGGAAUGGCAGGGUAUGUAGGGGAAGGUGGGAGAAUUGAGAGAUCAGGGAUGGCAUGAGAACCAUCAUUCUGGUGAUUGAUUACUAGAGUGGGUGAUAACGC